UAUAGAAUCUCCCAGGAGUUUUUCGCGACUUAAGAAAUUCUGUACUACGAACAUUUUCUGUUAAAAAAAUGGCUGACUUCUCGUCCCUUUUGUUCUUUUUAGUUGGAAUCAUCUUCUGUCAAGCGAGUGUAAUCGACCUUACGAGUGAUAAUUUUGACUCGAUUGUAAAUGGCGAUAAAUUUGCAUUUGUUGAAUUUUUUGCACCCUGGUGUGGUCACUGCAAAGCUCUUGCACCAACAUAUGAGAAGCUAGGAGAAGCUUUUGCCAAAGCUGAUGAUGUAGUUAUUGCCAAAGUGGAUGCUGAUGCAGACAAAACUCUUAGUUCUAGAUUUGGAAUAAGUGGUUUCCCUACCCUUAAGUACUUUUCAAAAGGAAGCACAAGUGCUGAGGAUUAUUCAGGUGGAAGGGAUAUUAAAGAUUUUAUCUCAUUUAUUGAGGGUAAAACUGGUGCCAGAGCCAUUAUGGCUGUCACCAAGGAAAAUGUUGUACAACUGGAUUCUUCCAACUUUGACUCAGUGGCCCUGGACAAGACAAAGGAUGUUUUGGUUGAAUUCUAUGCCCCAUGGUGUGGCCACUGUAAAAGCCUUGCCCCUGUCUAUGAGAAAGUGGGACUUGCAUUCAAGAAUGAACCAAAUUGUGUUGUAGCCAAAGUUGAUGCUGAUGGAGAAAGGAGUUUAGGGGAAAGGUAUGGUGUGAGUGGCUUCCCUACCAUUAAAUUCUUCCCCAGAGACAGUGAUGAAGCAGAAGAAUACAAUGAAGGCCGCAGUGAACAAGACUUCAUUGACUUUCUGAAUGAAAAAUGCAAAACCAAUAGAAAAUCUGGAGGAGGAAUUACUGAUGAUGCUGGAAGGAUUGACAAAUUUGAUGAGUUUGCCAAAGAAUUCAUGACCAAUGUGGAUAAACGUGAUGCAAUCUUGGAGGAGGCCAAGUCGCUCAUUGAUGCACAAGAGGAUCCUAAGGAUGCAACCUAUUACACUAAAGUUAUGGAGAGGGUGCAAAGUAAAGGAGACGCCUUCAUCACCACUGAAAUAGAACGCUUGAACCGUCUGCUUGAUGGGGCCAUCAGUGCCAAAAAGAGUGAUGAGUUCAGUAAGCGUCGCAACAUCUUGAAAAAAUUCCAGGUUGACACUACUAAAACAGAGCUGUAGAGGGCUCUUUAAUUUUGUGUGAUUGUUGAUGCUAGCUAAAAUGUCUUUACACAAGCUUAGCCUCUGGUCUUGAAUGAAUGUUCAACACAGUAUUUAGGUUUUUAAUAUAUUCUUUUGUUAAUGGCAAUGUAUAAGCAAAGAUGUUUCCAGUAUGGCUGGAAAAGCUUUCAACUAUUAAGUACUGCAACGUUUUUCUCUUUUUUUUGUUUGUUUUUUUUAUUAGAUCUGUUUGAUAAUCAUGUCAAAUACUGUUUUUCAGCCACCUCUUAAUAUUUGCCUCUGUACUGUUUUUUUUUUUGGAUGUUUCUUUUGUUUUUGCAAUGGAUUCACUAUUAAAAAACAUAACAUUGUGUUUCUAACUGUUUUUGUGUUAUUAUGUUUUAUUUUUCAAGUUGAAAAGUUCACCUUUUGAAUAGGAAAUUUAAAAGGCUUUUUUUCUUGAUAAGGCUAAAUUUUCAUUUUUAAAAAUGACAAGUGGAGUGUCAAAGGAUUGUUUGGUACCCUAAUGUAGUAAUACUACAAUUACUCAAAGGCUAUAUUUCUUCAAUAUUUAUUUGAUAGUGAUAUUUUAGUGUGCAUGUGUACACGUCUAUCACCAUUAACAAUUUUUCUGAUCAUACUUUCCCAAAAUAUUGCUUUUUUGAUAAAAAUUUCAAAUGUCAAUGUAUUGGGUUUUUUAUCUGCUCUAUUUACUUGUUUUUAUUCCACUCUGGUGCUGAAACACAAUUUCAAAUAUAGAGAAAGGCCCAUGGGGGCUUGCUAAAAAAGGAAAUGGUUCCUGAGUUUGGUAUUUUUGAGGCAAUCUGUUGUAAAAAGUCUAAAGAGUUUUCAAUCAUGUCCAAUCUUCACCGCCACUGCAUUGCUGCAACGCUGUAAAGCAAACAAGAAAGAAAAGAAUUUUAACCCUAGCAUCAGUAUAUGCAUAUUCUCCAUAAUGUUCUUGGUACAUUUCCUAGGCAGUUGAUGAGAAGAAUUUGUUUAACAAUCAAGAGCUUUUUGAGUGAGUGGUCUUUUCCUACAAUUAUUCUUGAAAUUAACGUUUGAUUCAAUAGUGAUAAUGCAUAGAGAUAUUAGAUACUAUUAACAGGUUAAUCAAGAAUAUUGUUUUAAAAGAUAAAAAGAAGACUUCAACUUA